CUAUCGACCACUUUAGAUAGCACAUAUUACAGCUGUUAUAUUUAGCUAACUAGCUAGCUAACAGUAGCUAAUGGCACGUUGGUUGUCUCAAAAUACAAUAGACAAGCAUGUCAAAAUAAGUAUUUGCAAUUCAAUUUCAAACGAGUGUUUAAUACAUUGCCAUAGAUCGUUAGCUAACUCUCCAAAUCGUUGCUCUUGAUGUCUACGUUGCCAAUUACGCUGCCUACUAGCAGCUAGCCAGUUGACGAUGUGGGGAUGCGCAUCUGCAUCCGUGCUCGCGCUGGACGUGUUUUUCUGCAUCAAUGGCGUCACACUGUAGUACGUGCGUUAAUGGUGCAAUGUAUAUUACUGUGUUCUCAUUUCUCUCUGUACUAACAGGUCACAUCAACAGUACUGUAGGUAGUUAUUUAGCUUUGCAAAACAUAUUUUCAUGCUCAAAGUCUGUCAUUCUUAGCUUAAUUUUGGGAAAUCACUAAAUUGGCCUCAGUCUGUCCACACAUUGAAAUGCCUGAAAAUCACAACAUUAUAAAUUCCCUGCUAAUUCGAAGGUUCAAAGGCAUCUGUGAUGGGUAUCUAACAAUAACUCUGCUCAGGAUUUGUCCCACCUCAAGCUGAUCAAUAUGUGAUAUUGAAGACAAGACAUACUGCACUAAGUUUCUGAUCAUAUCAGUAGCCUUUCUGGGUUUGAUCUUGAAGUGGGCUUUUCUGUUUACAAAUGGAGAAUGGAGACUGGGGCCAUAGGAUGACUAACCCAGUGACCUUGAAUGUGGGGGGCCACCUGUACACCACCUCCCUAUCAACCCUGCAGCGGUACCCAGACUCCAUGCUGGGCGCCAUGUUCCGUGGGGAUUUUCCCACAACGCGGGACGCCCAGGGAAACUACUUCAUCGACCGCGAUGGGACGCUCUUCCGGUACGUGCUGAACUUCCUACGUACGUCCGAGCUCACACUCCCUGUGGACUUCACUGAAACUGACCUUCUGAGGAAGGAGGCGGAUUUCUACUUGAUUGAACCGUUGAUCCAUUGCCUCAAUGAACCCAAGCCGCUCUACCCUCUGGACAUCUUUGAGCAGGUGGUGGAGCUGUCCAGCACACGGAAACUAUCCAAGUAUUCAAACCCAGUGGCUGUCAUUAUCACACAGCUCACCAUAACAACCAAGGUGCAAGCCCUGCUGGAGGGCAUCUGCAAAAAUUUCACCAAGUGGAACAAACACAUGAUGGACACGAGAGACUUUCAGGUGUCCUUCACUUUUGGACCGUGUGACUACCACCAGGAAGUGACCCUCAGGGUUCACCUAAUGGACUACAUCAUGAAGCAGGGCUUCACCAUCCGGAACACUCGAGUGCAUCACAUGAGCGAGCGAGCCAAUGAGAAUACAGUGGAGCACCACUGGACAUUCUGCAGACCGGCUCGCAAAGUAGAAGACUGACUGUGCCACAGCUGUAGUCUAUGGAGUCACUUCCAUACUGUUUUCAUCAUUGUCGCUCUCAAACAUAUUGGCAACAUAUUAACAUUAUUAUGGUAUUGUUGAAAGAAAAAAAGAAAAGCUGGUUGGUCUGCUUGUAAUGAGAUUUCAUUGCCAUGAUGAUACGCAAUCACUGUGUAUAAGACAAUAUCCUAUAAUAGGUUCAUCUUUCACAAUGGAAGAGAGAAGGUGCAAAUAAAAAGUGAUUCAUGCCCUAAUACUAUAAACACACUUUGAUCGUGAAAAUAAAAUGAUGCAUAAUAAUCAA